GAGGCGGCUGCAUGUGGCGGCGCUGACCCGGCGCCCGGGCUGGGAGGAGACAGGAGCGGAGCCGCCCGCGCUCCCUCGCUCACUCCGCUCUCCCCAGCGCCGGGCUGCACUUCUCCGCGCGGCACCAUGGACUCGGACUCCGCCGAGCUGAGCGAAGGGGAGCUGCUCGCGCCGGCAGGUCCUGAUUGUUUCAGUUCAAAGAACCUUGCGCUGCAAGCACAGAAAAAGCUCCUGAGUAAAAUGGCUACCAAAACUAUGGCUAACAUGCUCAUCGACGACACAAGCAGCGAAAUAUUUGAUGAGUUAUAUAAAGUAACUAGAGAACAUACAAGGAACAAGAAGGAAGCUCACAAAAUUAUGAAGGACUUGAUUAAAGUGGCAAUAAAAAUUGGGAUCCUCUACCGAAACAAUCAGUUCAACCAAGAAGAGCUGGAAAUCGUAGACAAAUUCAGAAAGAAGCUGAAUCAGACAGCCAUGACAAUUGUCAGUUUUUACGAGGUAGAAUACACCUUUGACAGAAAUGUUCUCGCAGAACUUCUGAACGAAUGUAAAGACCUGGUGCACGAACUGGUAGAGCGACACCUGACGCCCAGGUCCCACGGGCGUAUCAACCAUGUCUUCAAUCACUUUGCAGAUGUGGAAUUCCUCACUGCCCUGUAUAGCCUCGAUGGGGAUUGCCGACCGUACCUCAAAAAGAUCUGUGAUGGAAUCAACAAACUACUUGAUGAGAAAAUCCUUUGAAACUUUGCCUUUUACAAAACAAAAACUCAUUCCUAGAGCUGCAGCAAACUGGCCAUACUUGAUGAGUUGUGGCAAAGCUUGUGAGCUUCCUUCCUACCAUCCGCCUACUACAUGGACUUCAUCAGAAACCAGCAUGUGCUCACUUGGCUUAUUAUGAAGGAAAAAAAAACCCAGAAAGCUACAAAUUGCAAUUCUCAGUUCACAGGGAUUUCAGCCUUUUCAACGGAGGGAGCUAAGGGGGAUGCUGAUGCUUAUUAUUCAGAACAAGAUCACAGCACAUCAUAACCUCAGUAUCUGUGUUGGGGUCUUGUUGUGUGAAAAUGAACCUAAACUCAAGACACGUGACUAUGUCAAAGAUAGAAGGGGAAAAGCAGAAAGGGUGUUGCAUGGAAUUGACCCCAAAACUCUUCUUGUAUAUCUUUUUAUUAUUCCUAAAAAAGAUCUCAGAGGCUUAGAUGGAAAGUGGGGGUCUGAUGGGCACAAGUUCUCUCCUUUCAGUAGCGUCAGGAACCAAUAGGAGAGCACAUCUCCAAUUUUGCAGGUGAUUAAGACCAUACUGGAGAGCAGAACUUAAUAAAAGGGGGAGAAGUGAGAGGAGUAGAGAAGCUUCUUUAAGAAGCAUGUUCCCACUAGAGAUUUUUGCUUUGCAUCUAAGAUUAGAAGUGAGAAACUUGUGAUUCUGGAAAAACAGCUCAGUGACUUUAAAGUCAAACAUAAUGAAGAAACUAAAUCAUGAAGUACAACAUUGGCUUCAAUGAUAACCUGCGUCCCACAGGCUCAAGCACACCGUGACAUCAAAUAGGCUUAGAUUAGAGGGCCAUGCUACUUUCUCUGCAAUUACUGUUUUCAGUGCCAGAGCAUAAGUUUCCUGCUGAAGAACACCAUGAUACAAAUGCUGAACACCUGAGAGGAAUAGUGAUAUUACUGGAUCAAUGAAGCCAUCAUCUGUCCCUUCCUUCUCCACUGAAACACCAUUUCCACCUGCAAAUAGCAAAAGCUCUCAAAAGACAAUAUUCAGUGUAUGGAACAACUUUUCAGCCAUGGCUUAGUGUAUGUCCAUUGUAAUUAGUUGUGUUUACAGUCAAAUAGUGAAGUGUGGGGAACGGGGGCCAAGCUGGUAUUUUCACAGUGCCAUCUAUGUAUAGAACAUCCACACCUCUGUAACUAGGGCUUGUUAACAUGGGAAACUUAGGAGCAACAUCAAGGACCUAUUGCAUCUUAUUCUAUACACAUUU